CUCAACUCUGACGUUUCUCUGUUCUUCAAGUUUGAAUCUUUCUGUAUUUCUUUACUAUUUUCUUGGGUCACUCUGUCUCUCACUAGUUACUAAGUUAGGUUCUUUCAGUUUGACUCUUCCCUCAGAUUUUUAAAGACCCCAACUUUUUGUUUCUUUACUCUUCCAGAUCCUUAAUUUCUUGCACCACUUCCCAUUGUGCAUGUUAUUUAGUGCAAAGAGGUAAACCCCAGAUAGAGAAAAGAGAGGAACUUGGGUUUUGUGGGGAAUGUGGGUUCUUGGAUGUGGUUUUAGAUUGAUUUGGAGGGUACCCAUUUGAAUAAAGGUGCUUUAAUCUUGGUUUCUGAUUGUGGGUAGUUUGAGAUUUGAGGGAUUUGGUGGUUCUGUGAAGUAAAGGAGUGAGCUUUGGAGUUGUGGAAAAUGCGGCUUUACAUUUAGAUGACAAAAUGGAGGUUGAGAAAAAACGUUCAAAAGGAGGGUUUUUCAACUUAUUUGAUUGGAAUGGCAAAUCUCGGAAGAAGCUAUUCUCCAGCAAUUCUGAAUCAUCUGGAUCACAGCAAGGAAAAGAGAAUGUAGAGAAUUUCUCACAGACCCAGCUCAGUAGGGCAGAGUUGGAUGAGAAAGGAGCAAGUUCAAGUCAUAAAGGAAGCGGUGAAUGGAAUUGUGCUUUGUCGGUGACUAGUGAUGAAGGAGGUGGGAGUAGAGCCCCUGGGGUAGUUGCUAGAUUAAUGGGUCUGGAUUCAUUGCCAACUACAACGGUUACUGAUUCAUCUUCUACCUUAUCAAUUGACUCCCACUCACGUAGAGUACCUCAUCAUGACAGGGGCAAUCCUAAUUUGUGGGGUGAUUUUUAUGCCAUGGAUUACAUGAAUAUGCCCAACAAGCUGGAUAGAGUUUCAUGGAAUCCUGUAGAAUCUAGAGCACAGAGGGUGCAAAACCGGCCAAUUGAGAGAUUUCAAACAGAAGUCUUGCCUCCAAAAUCAGCCAAGUCAAUUCCAGUUACUCACCAUAAGCUUUUGUCACCUAUCAAGACUCCUGGCUUCAUCCCAACAAAGAAUGCAGCUUACAUAAUGGAGGCAGCUGCAAAGAUGAUUGAGGCAAGUCCUAGAGCAUCUUCGAAGAGCAAAAUGUCAUCUAUGAGGUCGUCAAUUCCCUUGAAAAUUCGGGAUUUGAAAGAGAAGAUGGAAGCUGUGCCUAAAGUAUCAAGACCUGAACAGCCCAAGGAACCUAGUGAUGCUAAAUAUGUGAAAGGAAGGCCUGGUUACAAGAGCUAUAAUGGGUCAGAUAAUGUACCAGUGCCCAAGGCUUCCGUGGAUUCAGAAAAACAGGAUUACCAUGAUAUAAGGAAUAGGGGUAAAGCAGCAUCGCUUGCAGUACAAGCAAAGGCCAAUGUUCAGAGGAAGGAAGGUUCCCCUCCUUUCAGUAAUAGGAGUUCUACAAACCAGAAGGAACAGAAUGAGGUCAAACAAAAUGAGUUAUCCAAAAGCCGGCAAAGCACACAGAGACCUGUGCAUAAGAGAACUUCCACUGUCAGCAACAAAAGCGUGCUCAAGCAGAACAACCAGAAGCAGAACUGUUUAUCUAAUAAAGAUAGAAUGACUUCAAAGAAUGUGGUCUCUAAUCAACCUACAAGAAAAUUGAGGCCAACUAAUGGGUCUAGUCGGCCAAAUAGGACUGUAAAUAAGGUUCUUGUAAAUUCCGAUACUGGAUCCAGAAAGAUGGGCUCAAUGGAAAGUGCUACCGGAAAGGAGUUCUCAUUCUCUACAGUUAAGGAUGUCUCCGGGAAGAUAAGGUCUGCUAGUCAGGACUUUCAUUUAGAAGAAAUUGUUGCUGAUAAUGGGUUGAUCGGUAAACAUGAAAGGUCUGUAAAAUGUAAUGUUGCAACGGAGGGGUACACCAAUUUGUGCACGGAUAAUAGAAAACAAGACAUGGAUGUUGUCUCAUUUACAUUCACGUCGCCCCUGAAAAAAUCCAUUUCUGAAUUGCAGUCGGAUGGUCAAGUUGUCAGUAUGAGUGAUAGAUUUUGUAUUGAUUCAUUUAGUAACAAUGAUCAGCUCUACCCAAAGCAUUUUACAUUUGCUUCACCUGGGUUGAAUGUGAUUGGUGGUGAUGCUUUGAGUGUUCUUUUGGAACAAAAGCUUCAGGAAUUGACAUGCAAAGUUGAGUCAUCUCAGCGUAACCUGUUCGGUGAAGGGACUUCUGCUAGUUCUUCGUCUAGCUUGCAAGAUUUGGUUUCCAGUGAGGUAAGCACCGCAUCAAGAGGCAAGAAGUUUGAACUUGGUUUGCUCAGAGAUAAUGUUGAUGGCGCAGCGGACUUCGGUUCCUUAUUGGCUAAUGCAAACCAGAAGUUGCAGGGACCAGAAGGGACGGAUGAACGCAGCAGUAGCAGCAAAAAUAGUGUACCUGGAAAGGAUUUUGAUUAUCAACUUGACCCAAUUUCAGUUUUUGAACCCUCAUUUGAGAGUGGAAGCUUCACAGAUAACAGAAGCAGUGCCAAUGGAAGUGAGAGUGAGAGGUGCUCAUUUGCUCAAGCUCAAGAUCAAUUCAAUUUAUUCUCCUCAUUUGAAAUCCAACCAUCAUAUAGUGUUUCCGAGUUAUCUGACUUGGCCUCCACUUGGGAAGUGAGUGGAAAAAAUACGAGUAGAGUAUAUGGUUUUCAUUCUCCCAAUCAAUCAUACGAUUGGGAACUAGAAUAUGUUCAGUACAUACUUAGCAAGGUGGACUUAGUGCUUGAAGAUUUUGCAUUGGGUGAUAUCGACCAUGUAAUUUCCCCGAAUCUGUUUGAUGUUUUACACUAUCAAGAAGAGUAUCCAAAGCUCCAGCAGAAGCUUUUGUUUGACAGUGUAAACGAUAGCCUGCGCAACAGAUGCAAACAAAUUGUUGUUGGAAGCAGGAAAGCAUGGGAUCAAUGGGAGACAUUGUCGCAGAGGAAGGAAUCGUUGGCUGAUGAACUGUAUAAAGAGAUUUCGGUUUGGAGAAACAUGGGGGACUUGAUGGCCGAUGAACUUGUCGACAAGGACAUGAGCACUCAGCGGGGGAGAUGGCUCGACUUUGAGAUUGAAGCAUUUGAGGAAGGUGUAGAGAUUGAGAAGGGAAUACUAAGUUCUUUAGUAGAUGAAUUAGUGUCUGAUUUUCUGCUGUAUUAGUCCCUCCUAAGGUGACCUACUAUGAAGUUCAUUGGAAUGUAACAUAGCAGGUUAAAUAAUUUACCUGCGGUGGAUAAUGUAUGAUAAUCUUUUUAAUGAUCUAAUUAUCAUUAUGUC